CUUUCUCACCUGUCCAGAACGCAUCCCACAUGCCACGCUGUAGCACGUAAUCCUCGUCAGUCAAGUAGGGUCAAACAGGCUGCCUCAGGACUGCUUUCCUGCCCGGAGUAAUCGUGGAUUGCGACCACCACAAAGAAAUCUUCUCUGCCUAACUCUGCAACCUAAGUCAUAACACAAUGCUGUCUAGUGCGCCUGUAGGUUCCCGAGUGUCAUGUCUCACUUCUUCUUUCACUUGAAGCUCGAGCUGUAUCCCACUCCAGCAGAGAGCACCACCAGCUCCAGCGACCAGGCAAGCUCUUCUUCCAACACCACAUCCUUCUCCACUGCCCAGCAGCGAUUCACCCUUCGGCCUGGCAUCGACAUCUUCAGCAAGACCGCCCUUCCGGCUCACCGCACGAGCAAGUGGCCUAGUCAGACCUUCGCCAAACGAACGAGCCCGUCAACAAACCGAUCAUCUACACCGACGCGCUCAUCGUUCGACUCAUCCUCCAACCACAUCUCGCCCGAGCACGAUCGAGUGAAAGAGUCGCAUGGGAACGCCUUACUACUGCCAGAGCGCAGCUCGAACCUCAGGAGAGACCUGCCGCCUUCGCCGCGCAUACCUGUCACAACCAAACACUCGAACGAGGCAGCAGCGCAGGACUGGCGAUACGAUAAGGUGGAAAUUGAGAGCAUAGACAUGGAGAAGAGCAAGACAAGUUCCACUGGUGGCCUACACACCAAAGCUGUAUACGUGCCGAGCGAUUCCAAGACGACAGAAGCAGGCUGGGGCGUCGUCCACCUCUACCGCGACCUGGAAGAGAGCAAGGCUUUGGAUGCAGAUGGUCUACCGCAGAAGAGCUUGGAACGUACGUCGAAAGGAUCAGAACAAGAUGGCAAGUUCGAUCCAGAAGACUGCUCGACAUUGUGCAUACUGGCAGUUCCUAGCUGGAUGAUGCCUUCAGAUCUGCUCAGCUUUCUAGGCGAACAGGCAAGAGAGGACGUCAGCCACUUUCGAUUAAUCCGCACAGCAAGAGCGAACAAGUACAUGGUGCUGUUGAAGUUCCGUUCGUCAAAGAAGGCACGAGAUUGGCAGAAGGCGAACAAUGGACGCCUAUUCAGUGAUCUGGAACCGGAGAACUGUCAUGUCGUCUUCAUCAAGAGCGUCGAAUUUCUGUCGCCUGACGAGGGCGUGACCUCGACGACAUUCCCGCACAACACCAAUGAUCCCUUCACUGCGUCAAAUGGGGCGAACUCGAUACUACUCAGCAAGCCUAUGCCGCCGCCACCACCGAAUCUACUCGAGCUGCCGACAUGUCCAGUGUGUUUGGAGCGUAUGGAUGAGACGACUGGGCUACUCACCAUUUUGUGUCAGCACGUAUUUCAUUGCGCAUGUCUUGAGAAAUGGCGAGGCUCAGGCUGUCCUGUCUGCCGAUAUACUCAUGCUCCUUCAUAUACCUUUCCAUACCCACGUCCAGGUGGGCCAGAAGAUGAAGAACAGGAAACCAUGUGUUCAGUCUGCGCCGGCACGGAGAAUCUUUGGGUCUGUCUCAUCUGCGGCAACAUUGGCUGCGGACGGUACGACUCUGCUCAUGCCUACGCUCAUUACGAAGAGACGAGCCAUUGCUACGCCAUGGAUAUCAACACGCAGCAUGUGUGGGAUUACGCCGGUGAUGGAUACGUCCAUCGACUCAUACAGAGCAAACCACCUACGACUCCUGCGGUCACUCAUGAUGGAUAUGGCUCUGGGUAUGUCGACAUGCCAGCUCGCAGCCGCCACGAGAACGAGGCUUUCAGAGCAGAAGGUGGCGACAGCGUCCCUCGCGAGAAAAUGGAGAGCAUGGCGACUGAGUACACAUAUCUACUGACCUCGCAACUCGAAGGGCAGCGUCGCUACUUCGAAGAACAAGUCGCUCGUGCUGUCGACAAAGCUACACAGGCCUCGCAACGUGCAGAAGAAGCUGCCACUCAUGCGAGUAAACUCGAAACCGAAGUCUCACAACUUACCACCAACCUGACCGACUUGAGAACUCAACUCCAGGCCGCCGAAACUAAACUUGAGAAGGCGGAGAAAUCCCGCGCGAAAUUCGAACAAAUGGCCCGGGACAUGGGAAACAAGUGGCGAGAAGAAAAGACGAUGAAUGAAGGCUUGAGUCAGAGAAUCACCAAAGCGGAGGAAGAAGUCAAGACUGCGAAGGCGGAAAAAGAAAAAGUUUUGCAGGAGAAGAAGGAUUUGGAAGAUAUGAAUCAUGAUUUGACAAUGUUUAUUUCUAGUCAGGAGAAGGUGAAGGAGUUGCAGGAGCAAGGGGAGGAGGUUGUGGAAGGGCAUGCUUAUGCGCCGGAACAGCAGCAGCAGCAGGGUGGGAAGGGGAAGAAGGGGAAGGGGAGGAAGAAAUAAGUUGGCGGUGCGGUGUUUUCAGCCUUCUGGUCUUGAGGAGCGGUUGUGGAGGUGCAAUCCAACGAAUUCGAGCUUACGAUAGAGAAUUGUUGAUUCGGUUGAUGUAUACGUGUGUGACACAUGUACUUCUAUCAUUGUCCUGCCCCCUCAACUGUGUUUUCAUUUCUCUUGGGGUCCUUUUUCUCUCCAUUUCCUACCUCCUUGUCUAUUUCCCUGCUCGUUCAAUUCAAGUUCGCGAUUUUGUGUCGAACUUUGGUGCUGGAAGCUUGUCAUUCUUCUGCU